AUGUAGACACAAUUCUUUUUAAAUCAAACAAAAUAAAUUUGGACUUUAUUGCUUAAAAUGCAGUUAUGUUUAUAACAUUUUGCAGACUGUUCAAUAAUUGAAACCUAUGGUUACUCAUACAUGGUUUGUGACUUCCUGAGUAUAAUAUUUGUACAAUUUAAAUAUUAAUCUUUUGUUUGACAGGGAUUUUCAAAGUUUAGAUUAUCGCUGUUUAUUGCCCAACAUAAUGAAAGAAACAAACUGUUGAAGUACCACGGGUGAGAACAACAUAAUUUGGUCUUCAUUCAUUAAGAUAUGCUGGAGCGACACUCUGGAAUUAGCUUGUUGACGCGAUCUAUGUACAGUUGAACCUGAACCAGUUUACAAAUGGCAAACAUCAGAGGAAUUUAUUUGUAUAUUAAACGAAGAACCCGAUUCAUGUGGACAUGUGUUGCUAUUGUUAUAAUUAUAUUUAUGGAUGUUCUGGUGGAUAGAAACAAAACAUAUAGACAGAUUCAGCAUACCCUGCAUAACUUUUCUGGAAAAGACACAAAGGAAGAUUCAGUGAAAGAACAAACUCGGCAUGACUUUUCUAAACAAGAUCAGAAGAGACAUUUAGUAAAAGUUUCAGACACUGCAGCACAUGACAAUUUCGUUCUAAUUGUCGGUUAUUUCCGUGGAGGUUCCACCAUGACGCUAGAUGUACUGAGUACCACUGAAAACAGUUUUUAUGUAUUUGAACCAAUCAAUUUCCUAUCAUUUGAUACCUAUGAAAAUACUGCAAUUACAUUCUUAAAUGGAUCUUCAAGAUUACUUGAUAAAAUUAUGGAACUACCUGCAGUGCAAGCAGACAUGCUAGCUAAUUGGUUUAAUUGCAGAUUAUCUGACAUUAAUUUAAGUGAUCUAAGAAGUUCUAAUUUGCAAUAUCACUCUCGUAUGACACGGGAAUAUUAUCAAUGUCAGCGAAGGUCAAACAUUUCAUCCUGUAUUGGACACCUAGUAGAAGUGUGUAAACAGAUGAAGAACAAAAUAUUAAAAGUAGUUAGAUUGCGAAUGGAAACUACGGAACUACUUUUGAAUACUUUGCCGAACCUAAAAAUAAUACAUUUAGUCAGAGACCCAAGAGGUAUACUUAAUUCUCUAAUGAGGGCAAAGUUAAUAGGCGUAAAUGAUUUCAAAUCUAAGGCAUCAGAAAUUUGUAAUGAUAUAUUAUCAGAUAUAAAAUCGACUACAAAACUUAAAACUUUAUAUCCAAAUACAAUUUUCCUGUUGAAAUAUGAAGCCCUUGUAAAGAACCCGACGGCGGUCUUUAAGAGAAUAUUUAACUUCACAAACCUCAGUUAUUCACAGAAAGUAGAAAUGUUCAUUCAAAGUCAUCUUUUAGGCCAUUCGUCCGGAGGCAGCAAUGCAUUUUUAACAAAAUCUGGAAAUGCUAAUAUGAUAGCAAGCAACUGGAGAAAGACUAUAAAACCUGAUGAAGUUAUAGAAAUAAAUAAGUUGUGUCACACAGUAUUUGAGACAUUAGGAUAUCAAGAAGUCAACCACAAGACAUUACAAGAUAGGAAUGAAUCACUCCAACGUGUUCCGUCUUUAAAACACAUAUUUGAUGAAUAUUGACACAAGUGAAAUGUAAAACAUGAUUUGACGAUAGUUCAGUAAGAUAAACAUCAUCAUAUUUAAACAAGUGAUAGAUAUAGCUUAGAGAACUGUCACUUUUGAAGAUCAAUGAAUGAAUAAAGGCAACAGUAGUAUAUCGCUGUUCAAUAGUCAUAAAGUGGAAA